UACUAAAUCAAACAAUAUAUAUGUAUAGGGAUGUCAACGGCCCCGCGAGGCUAGGGAGCCCUUCCCCAUCCCUGUCCCUGCGAAUCACGGGGACGAGGAUCCCUGCAGGGAUUUUUGACGGAGGGCAAAUUUUGCCCCCUAUCCCUGUUUUUCGCCCCCACCAAUUAAUAUCAAAUGGCUUCGGCAACAACAGAGCAGAUGGAUCCGGCAAUAGUAGAGCAGAUGGCUUCGGUAGCAGUAGAGGAGAUGGCUUCGGUAGCAGUAAAGGAGAUGGAUUCGACAGCAAAGCAGAUGUAUUCAGUAGCAGCAGCAGAGCAGAUGGAUCCGGCAACAACAAAGUAGAUGGCUUCAGCAGUAGUAGAAAAGAUGGAUUCGACAACAAGCUUCAACAGUAGCUACAGCAAAGGAAACUGAGAAGGUGAGAUGAAGGUGAGAGAUGGGUGAGCCGCAAACAGAGAUUGAGAGUGAGACCGUGAGUGGUGAGAAUUAAGAUAAAUUAAGGUU